GGGAGACAUGUCAGCCGCGCAGGGACUCCUGAACAGCGUCUUUUCCUGCUCAUCCCCUGCUUCCAAAGCCAUAGCCAAGAGGAGACUGCGCCAAACCCGCAGCCUGGACCCUGCAAUCAUCCGGCACUGCGGCACCGGGACCGAUGGGCAGUUUACGGCUGCGGACGCAGGUGCGCCACAGAAUGCCAAGCUGGCUUUACGCACCAAGAUCCCCAAUCUGAAAGAACCCAUCACACCAUCGCUCUCCUCUCCUUCGAUACCUACAUGCGUUUCUCCGUCCUCUAAUUUCCACUUCGACUACGAGAUCGCCAAGCGCCCAAAAAGGAAUACCGCGGGGGAUUUACCGUUUAUGGUGAGGGGAUCCAGCGCUGCGCCUUCGGGGAGCACCGGCGCGCUCUUCUCGCCGCGGAGGUGGCUCCAACGGAAAGUGCAGCCAUCCUGCCCUCACGCCUAUAUUGUGUGGAAAUCAGAGGGAGAUUUCACCUGGAGCAGCCUGUCAGGGCGGAGUGUACGCCUGACUCCUGUCGCCAUCCAGAGCCUGUCAGAGCUGGAAAGAGCCAGGCUGCAGGAAGUAGCCUAUACCCGCUUACUCCAGGACUAUGACCUGGGAUGUCAAAUAACAAUCCCAAAGGAUGGACAGAAGAGGAAAAAGUCAUUAAGAAGAAAGCUGGACUCUCUAGCCAAAGAAAAGAGUAAAGACAAAGAGUGCGUACCCCAGGCCUUUAGCAUACCCCUUUCCCAGGUCAUCGCUAAUGACAGAGCACACAGACAGCGACAGGAUGCUUACCGCCUGGACCCCCCACAGCGGGAGGAGCACAAAGACUCCUCUGACCUUGUGUCAUCAAUUUUGCAGUUUGCCACCAAGCGGCCAUCGAACAAAGAAUUGUCCAGCAGUAACUCCUCACUCAGCUCCACGUCAGAGACGGCCAAUGAGUCAACGUCACCCAACACCCCUGAGUCUGCACCACGUGUUCGCAGGAGGGGUGGCAUGUCCGUGGAUUCCAUCACAGACCUGGACGACAACCAGUCCCGCCUUCUAGAGGCGUUGCAGCUCUCCCUGCCAGCUGAAACGCCGAGUAAGAAGGAAAAGCACAGGGACAAACGUCUAAGCCUGAAUCCCAUCUAUCGUCAGGUUCCCCGGGUGGUGGACAGCUGCUGUCAGCACAUCGAGAAAUACGGUUUGCAGACUGUGGGGAUCUUCAGAGUGGGAAGCUCUAAGAAGAGAGUAAGACAACUGCGGGAGGAGUUUGAUCGGGGUAUCGAUGUGCAGCUGGAUGAGGAGCACAGCGUACAUGAUGUGGCAGCUCUGCUAAAGGAGUUCCUCAGGGACAUGCCUGACCCUCUUCUAACCAGGGAGCUCUACACAGCCUUCAUCAACACCACAUUGUUGGAGCUGGAUGAGCAGCACAGCGUCACUCAGCUGCUCAUUUACCUGCUCCCAGCAUGCAACAGUGACACUCUGCAUCGCCUGCUUGAGUUCCUGUCCACCGUGGCAGACCAUGCCAACGACCAGCACACAAAGGAGGGUCAGGAGAUUCCAGGGAACAAAAUGACAUCUUUAAACCUCGCCACCAUCUUUGGGCCUAACCUGCUCCACAAACAGAAGAGCUCAGAUAAAGAGUUCAGCGUCCAGAGCUCAGCCAGGGCGGAGGAGAGCACCGCCGUCAUCGCGGUGCUGCAGAGGAUGAUCGCUGGUUGUCAAACGCUCUUCAUGGUCCCCCCUGAUCUGCAGAAUGAAGUUUUGAUGAGCCUUUUGGAGACUGAUCCAGAUGUGGUUGACUACCUUCUUAGGAGGAAAGCCUCACAGAGUCCUGACCUCCUUCAGCCCGAAGAGCCCUUCAGUCUGAGCGAACGACGUUCGUCCAGCGAUUCAAACAAGGUGUCUAGUGGGGAAGUUUCUCCUUAUGACAACAAUUCGCCAGUGCUGAGUGAGCGCAGAGGGGACCCAGGGAGUCUGGCCGGUGAUCAGCAGUUCCCUGUGGUGGAGUCGGUGGCUGACUGGGGUCGAGAGCCUUCAAAAGAGGAACAUGCCAACAUUUGGGGCACGUGGCACAGCACUCUCAAACCAGCUCUCAAGAACCAAUCAUAUGCAAGUUCCCAUGGCAACAUGUCAGAGGAAAGCUCUCGCAGCUCUCAGGAAGGUCUUGAUGGUCUCCAUAGUGAUGUCAAAGUCCCGACAGACACAAAACGAACUCACACAGCACUAGAGUGCAGAACCCACCCUCAUGUAUCCCGCCUGUGCACAGCCCCUCACUCAGACACAGGGCGACCUCGCCUGCAGCUGAACAUUAACCCUACUAUGACAUCCCACCUGAACAGCAUGCCGGGCUCCCUUCGAUUCCCAAGCGAAGGACGCUCCCCUCCCCCUUACAAUGCCCAUCACCGUGUGGCCAGCUCUCAGAGCUCCCCGCAGCUUGCAACACCUUCACGGCCUCAGCUGCAACUGGGCAGGCCGAUCACGACGCACACCAACUCGGGCCAAGCGGUUCCGCCGAGUUCAGAGUGGCAGGACUGGCAGCGGGAACGGUGGCAAAUCUGGCAGCUGCUCUCCUCGGACAAUGCUGACACACUGCCGGAGACGCUGGUGUGAUUUUGGACCGUACGCUCCAGCAUAACCCCAGCUUAUUUUUGUUCGUUCUUUUUCCAUCUCGGCGCCAUGAAGUUGUUUACAUGCGCAGCUGCUGCCUUAUCCGGAUCUUUGUUUUUUUUUUUUUAUUCUUUAUAUAUGAACCACUAGCAUUUCUUCUUUGUAUGGAUUUUAUGACCUCUCUUUUUCAGCCCUUAUGUUUCUUGAGUUAGGAGCCCACCAAAAAUACCUCAAAUUAUAUAAACCUUUGAGAAUAAACACCAAGUAUUCUGCUAUGUCAGCUUCGCCUAAUCGAUGGAAAAUAUUUGCUUCUUUGCAGUUUUUAAAAAUAUUUUAUUGCUUUUUUUUUUUUUUUUACACAAAUUAUGAUGUACACAUUAUUUGCUGCUAAUAUUUUUGUGCAUACUAUUAAAUUUAUUCAGCCACAUGCUUUAAUGUUAAAUGUUGGACUGUAUCAUAUGUAAUAUAAUGUAACAUAUGUAUGUUGUUUUCCUCAGAAUAUCUACCUAAAAUCAAAACAGUUUCUUUGCUUGUUAAAAGUUUUUGUCCAUAUUCCGUUAUUCUAAAGUAAGUUUGAACAGAAGUAACGUGCUUUAAACCCGUGUUGGACUGCGGAAACAUUGUGCCAAACUCUACUAUAGGAACUUGAGUUUUCAGGAUUGUUUUGGGUCUGCUAUUUUCUUUCAUGGGCAUUUGGACAAUUUCAGAGAUUGUGAUAAGAUUUCUUUAUGUUUGCAAUGAAAAAAAUGAAAACAUUUUUUUUUAAAAUUCAGAUAUGAUAAACAUCCCCAAAAGGUUUGAAAAAAAAAAGUGUUUAUACUUUUAAUUUUGUAGAUUUUUGUAAAAAAAAAACAACAACAACAUAUUUUUUAAUCUUUAAAAUUCUAAAACUAGGUUGUGCUUUUUCAAUAAUUAUCUUCUUCCCAGGUAAAGUUGUAUUUCCCCCAAGAAAUUCCACCUGAGGACUAAGAAAAGAUUGAUUUUGUGUUCUAUUUCUGUUUUGAUUUCAUCAAAUGUUUCAGUUAUCUUUUUGAAAGGACAAUAUCUUUUCAGUCCUUGUAUUUUUAAUGUACUUCCCUGUCUAUUUGGAUAAAACAAAGGGUUCAACAUGAUCACAGAUCCUCUAAUUUACUCAAAAAGGGGCUUUUCCAAACUUCUGUUCCUUAUUUUACUCCAGGCCUACUUGGUGCCUAGUUACAGAUGACAUUUGCAAGCCAUUUGCAGUUGCAUGCCUACUAAAAAAUUAUUUGGAAAAUGGGUGAAUUAGAUUUUUACAACAUUUUAUAAUUAUAAUUAAUCCCAAAUUUAAACUUAAACAGCUUUAGAUCAAAUCCACGUGAUCUGCACAUUCUCCUGUCUUUCCCAUUGCAAGAACAGGUAAAGAGAAAUGACUUUAUGUGAUCAUAUUGUCAUGCAUACAUGACUUCUCAAUAACUUUGGGAAAAAUAAAAGAAAUAUGUGGUUAUAUUUACAAAUUUGGGGCACAAAUGGUUAUUGGAAAGGUGAUUUUUAUAAUACCAUAAAAAAUAUUUUUUAAAUUAAAUCCGCUCACAUACAGGCUGAUUUUUCUUUCUCUUUUAUUAUUUAAUUUUCAGUGUAAAGUGAUGUCACCAGUGAAAUACUAAAACAAAUAAACUUUUUAUAGAGGGGAACUAUAAAUAUUUUUCAAAAUAUUUGAACUACCAACUGAUUCUUUCAUAUAAUGCUUUGAUACAUGAUGUCUAAAUAUGACAUUUUAUUA